GACCUAUUUACAGGAUAGCAAAAUUGUACGGAAAGAAAGGAACAUAUUUAGGAUUUUGAAUCCUAACAGCAGCAGUUGAUAGUGAUAAACGGUGGAGAUAUGGCACACAACAAUAAACAGAUGAACUUAAACGCAACAGAAGAAGCCAACGUCGAAAUGCGCAGAAGUUUUUCAUGGGAUAGAGCUUUUUUCACCAGUGACGGUUUUCUCGACGCUGAGGAGUUGACAAGCGUGAUCGAAGGAAGUGGUGAUGAAGUAAACCACCAGUUACAAAAGAUUGAAGAGAUUGAAAGUCUGGAGGCUAAAUUGUUCGAAGAAAUUGAAGCUUCAACUCGAGCAUCUAACGUAAGUAGUUCAAAUAUCGACGUGUCAUCACGGAAGAAAGAUUCUCGAGCAAAAAAUGCAAAGGUGGUGUCUACUGCUGCUGCAUCAUCUUCUUCGGCACCACUCAAGACUUCCUCAUCUAGUGGUUCAAGCGGUUCGCAAGCGAAGAAAGUUAAAUCUCCGGUAAGAAAAAGCGCGAGUUUUAAAAGUGGUAAAGGUGAAGGUGAUUCACCCUCCAAAACAUCUACUGGGAUCGGAAAGAGGAAUAAUUUGGUGGCGGUUAGUACUCGUAUGUUAAAAACACCGCCUGCUAGUCCAGGGUCAUCGGGAUCAUCGAAGUCAACGUUUUCAGUCAAUCAACGGUCUAAGAGGAGUACAAGUGCUCCUCGUAGAACGUCGGUGAACAGUGAGAAACCAUCAGGAGUCAAUGCACGAAGAAACGAUGAGUGCAAAACAGCGAAGAAUAAAGUGGUUCGAGCUAGUAGCCGUAUGUCAAACACACCCCCUGCUAGUCCAGGGUCAUCAGGAUCAUCAAAGCCAACGUUUUCGGUCAAUCAACGGUCAAAAAGGAGUAGUAGCGCUCCUCGUAGAACGUCGGUGAACAGUGAGAAACCAUCUGUAAUCAAUACAAGAAGAAACGACGAAUGGAAAGCAAAGAAGAAUAAUGCUAAUAUAUCUAGUCCAACAUUUUCUGUCAGUCAAGGGUCAAAAAGGAGUAGUAGUGUUCCUCGUAAAUCUUCGACGAAUAGUGAGAAACCAUCAGCAAGCAACGCAAAAAGAAACGAUGAAUGGAAAACAACGAAGCAUAAAGUUGGGCUGGUUAGUACACGUAUGUCAAGUACACCACCUGCUAGUCCAAAAGCAUCAGGAUCAUCAUCAUCCUCGUCGAUGUUUUCUGUCGAUCAACGGUCGAAAAGGAGUAGUAGUGCUCCUCGUAGAUCCUCAGUGAACAAUGAGAAACCAUCACCAACCAAUGCAAGAAAAACCGAUGAAUGGAAAAUUAAUAAACCUGAAGUUAGAUUAAUCCCCAAAACACAAUCAAGCAUCAGCUUGAAGAUCAAACCGCCACCGGUUGUUUCUCAUCCGACCUCGCCUUUAGGGUUAUUCAAUUCGUCUUCAAGUUCACGAGCUCAACAGUCUUAUUCAUCAUCAUCGUCAUCGUCAUCAGCAUCAUCGACCUGUAAGGUCAACCAAAGGUCAACAAAACCAGUGGUUAGAUCCAAAUCAGCCUUGAAACAUCGUCCCACUGGUCAGAUCACAGAUCAGAACCGAAAACAGCCAGUGGCAUCGCGUCCGGAAACCAGGAGCCCGAACGCUUCAAAAACGAGAAAUCAAGCGCAGAAAACUACUACUCCUAAACCGUCUAGAAAACAAUCAAGCGUGAAAGAAAAAUCGUCUAGUAGCAUUUCAAAAGGUGCAGAGAAUGUUAUUUUAGUAUCUCCUGAAGUUAUGGACAUAAAAGGCAAGUUAAAUGCCUUGAAGAUGGAAAUCAGCAUGCAAAAAGGAAGACAGAUACAAGGAAACCGAAAUGAACCGUGAUGAAAGUGGUAAAGGUGAAUCAAGCUCUAACAUAUAUUCAUACAUAUGAAUAAUCAAGUAAAGUCCAUAUGAAGAAUGAUCGAAUUUCGGAAAAGGUAAUCACAGUUUAUGAUGUAAAUAGUUGUGUAGCCUUCCUGAACUGUAUUCAAACGAACGGAGGAUGUAAGUUGGAAUAAGGGCCGAAUGGUUCAUGUGUUUAUUAACAAGCCUGCGAAUUUUGGUUCAAAUAGGUUUGCGUGUUUAUUAUGAUCCGAAUAGAUGUAUCUGCUUCUGUCUGGUUUUAAUCUGGGAUGUCCUUUUUGCUUUCUUAA